CAAAAUCUUUAUUUUUCUACAUAUAUUAUUCUCACAAUUUUCAUUUACAAUUAUUCUUAUUUAUUAGCACCAGUGUACACAAUAUGAUUAUAUUUCAGAUUUACACAAUGAGCAAGGAGAAGUAUCUUAAUAUUUAUAGUUCUCUAACCUGUCAGUGAGCUUGGCCUUAUUCUAGUCAGUUAAUAAAAAUAAAAUCACCCCCUGCACACUUUACGUCUGCAUGAAGUUGUCAAGAUUUCAGUCUUUGAAGAUACCUAGGUAGUUGCUUCAAACCGAUUUAUAUGAUCAUAUUUUCUCUAGACGGCAGGAGACGCUGUAUCAUAUACCCUCCAGGAUUUUGCUCCACUUGCACUUCCGGGUUCUAAUGUUUACAACUGGGAGCAGCAUAGAAAGCUGCUGCUGUGGCUGCAGCUGGCUCAUGAAAACCAUCUCUCAUAUUAAACACAACAUGCACCUGAAGUGCUAGGAUAUAUACACUCUGACGUGGCACAGGCAGCAGGGCUCCAUCAUCGGGAUCAGCUGCUGAGGGCUGAAAGUAUAGAAUAAACUAUGAAGAAGAAGAGCCGACGUCCAAGGUCAUCUGAGACUUCACGACAGACCAGCAGGACACAGACAACAGUGAGCGUCGGCACGGAGAAGAGGCCGCCUGGAAAUAGAGGGAGACCUCGCAAGACUGUUCCUGUAACCACAGACAGUUUCUACCAUGAUAACACUGCAAAAGACAAGACUGCUAACGUAGACUGUAGAGUGGCGGCAUCUGACGACACACAAAAAUAUCCACAGAGCAAGUCUAGAUCUUCAGCAGGUAGACUGUCAACUGCCGUCUGUCGGCUCUGCCACGGGAAGUUCUCUCCACGCAGCCUGCGGCACGCCUUCAACAAGUGGCCUCAGGAUUCCAUCGAUAUUGUUGAUGACGAGUCUGACGCGGCGGCACAGUCACCCCUUUUAUUCCACACAGACUUCCAGCAACUGGUCGGGGUCCAGUUGGACCGUGACCCCCGGUUAUCAGAGUUUAUCUGCAAGAAAUGCUACUCUAAGUUCUACAAGUGCCACAGCAUCCUGGUCAGGUUUCUGCAGAGGGUCAACCUCCCACCACUUGGGAAAGAAAACCUCAAAAGCUGGAAGAAGUAUCCAGAGGCCUCAGUAAACCAUGGCUCAGCAACACCACAGUCCUUUACCUCAGACCCUAAGUGCCUCCACAGCCUGGUGUCCUGGGCUCACCACCACGGAGAGGCCUGCCGCUCCUGUCCCAACCUGAGAGAGGUGUUGGAGGGCCAGUGCUGGGGCUCAGUUAAGGCCGUCUGGGGUUGCGUUGAUGGUCACAGAUACAUCAUGGACACAUGCACAGCCACUCCCAACCCAGGAUACACAAUGAAUUUAAGCAGCGGGCCAUUAGGGAGUGGCAAUGGUGAUGGAGUGAUGUCAGAGGAGGAGGAACAGGAGGAGGAAGAUGAAGAGGAGCAGCCCAGUGGGAAUGGAAGGACCCCAGCAGGAAGUAUGGACACUCUGGCUCAACACAGUCCACCUGCAGUCACAGCACAGACUCAGAGCUCGGCACUGGCUGACUGGACCACUAACAGUGAAGGUUUUACAGGUCAUGAGGAGGCGUCGUCUCCUGCUCCGGCCCAGCUGGAGGACAGGGCUGCUGAUAGUGAUCUGUCUGACAGGGUCAUUUCCGAGGAUGACUUUGAGGAGACUAGAAAAGAAGGAUUAUCAGACGAUGAGUUAUUUGAGCCGUUCUCAGACAAGAGAGCUCGCAGGGUGACCGUCCCCAGCAAGAGAAGAAGAAGCAGCCCUAAGGCCCUGGAGGAGCCCAAAAUAAAAAAGAAACCUGGACCCAAACCUGGCUGGAAGAACAAGUUCAAACCUAAAGCAGAGGAGCUGCCCAACAUCUACAAGUGUCCAUAUCAGGGAUGUACAGCCGUCUAUAGAGCUCCUGAUGGUUUAAAGAAACACAUCAAAGAGCACCAUGAGGAGAUGAGAGAGCGCCCCUGCCCUCAUCCUGGCUGCAACAAGGUUUUCAUGAUCGAUCGCUACCUCCAGCGACACGUCAAGCUCAUCCACACUGAGGAGAGGAACUACAUUUGUGACCAGUGUGGCCAAACCUUUAAACAGAGGAAACACCUUUCAGUUCACCAGAUGAGACAUUCAGGGGCCAAACCACUGCAAUGUGAGGUGUGUGGCUUCCAGUGUCGCCAGCGAGCGUCACUGAAAUACCACAUGACCAAACACAAGGCCGAGGCUGACCUGGAGUUUGCAUGCCUGAUCUGCGGAAAGCGCUUUGAGAAGGCCCACAACCUGAACGUUCACAUGUCCAUGGUCCACCCACUGACUCAGACUGAGGUUCAACGAGGCAACAGCCAGCAGCAGCACCAGCCGCCGCUGUACUCUGACCUGCACACCAUCACUCUGACCGGGGAGGUGGUUCAGCCAGACCAGGACAGAUGACGGCAGGGAGUCCAGGUCCAGGUCUGCUGCACGGGUACAUAAACUGUGGGAGUUUCCCACAGCCUCUACUGCAGUUUCCAUUUUUUCCACAUUCAGGUCAUGGACUGUGAUGGGACCUGCCGUAUGGCAAAACAGAUGUUUAUCUCAGUUCUCUACCAAUAUUGCAAUUUUAGCUCUGCUUUUGUGUCAUAACAACACAAUUUAGUGGAUCAAUUUUCUUAUAUUUACUUGUUAUGGACCGCUCUUUACAGCUUUCAAGAGUCACUUUUCAUUCCAAACUCAAAUCUUCCAACAUCUUCCAAAAUCUUCUCACACACAGUAUGAACUGAAUAGGGACCUAAUAAAAAGAACCACCAGGCUUACGCGUUUACAGUGUAGUCAAAAUUAGUCACGUUUUAAUAAGGAAAUCAGCCGAUAAUUAUUAUAACUGUUCUGAUUUCAUGGUGAGCAUGGUGCGAGUGGAAACAGUAGGACAAAGUAGAGAUAUUUACCCCGGCCUGUCUUCUCAUUUAGCUCACUGUGGCUGCUCCUGACUGUUUUAUCACUCCCUGCAAUUUUUUAAAUUCAUCUGCUGUCCAAAAAUGACCACUGUCGGUUGUUGUCAGUGCUAACCUUAGUAAAACAUGCACUACAUUUCUUGUAACUGCUUUACAAUAAAAGCCACCCUGUGUUUUGCCCGAGCAGCAACCUGCAGGGCUGAAAAAUGAAGGCAACACUGAAGUGCCAAAAACUGCAGUUCCUUUAACGGCUACUUGAGGCUGGCUCCAAAAGUGAGUCAGUCUCCACAGACCCUAAUGAUAAAAUGCCUGACUUUACAGCAGAAAUAAACAUGUUUACAGCCUGUUACAUAAAACGGUUUUGGUCUCUAAAGCUAAUUUCAACCAUUCAUGACAGCUGUACGAGAGAUCAAUUUUUAUAUAACUCACCCAUUCACUUAUUAUUAAGGCUUGAAGUUAUGCAUAUUUAGAGGCAGGGCCACUAGCAUGACAAGGCAUCGCUACAGUCUGGGUCAGAUUCACCCUUUGCUCCUUUACAGCUGCACCCUAUUGUCAAGAUGGCGACCGCAGAAAUGCAGAAGUCAAGGCGACAAAACGACAGUCCACAAACCAACGGGUGACAUCAAGGUAGCUGCAUAUCUUAUUUUAUGCAGUCUAUGGUUUCACCAGUUGAAUGCUUUUCAUGUGAAGCAGCAGCAGUAGGUAAUGUUGGGUUGUCCUGUCAAACCCACAUUUGUAGGUAGGCACUUGAAUCCAGGGUGGGAAUGGUGGACUCUGACAAAAAACAUAACAAUUUAGAAUCUUAAUGUUUAUAAAUUGAAAGGCGACAACAACUUUUGGUGCCUCUGUUUCAGAUCUGAUGUAAAGAUGAUUUUACACUGCCUGGGGACUAUAUGGAUCUAUACGCAGUUUUAUUUGAUAGCUGAAGUGCACAGUAGCAGCCACAUAUAAAUGACUGUGUAACCUAUAGCAAUGCAGUUCUAAGUCCUAUAAUGCAAUAUUCGUGUUACCUAAAUAUAUGUGAAGCACUUGUGUGGGCUGUGUAAUCACACAGUGCAAAUAGCUUCAAGAACAUUCACUUCACUUUUAUUAGGUCACUGUUUUUUAUUAAGUUAUUACAAUGCUAAGCACUCUUUUUAAGAGUUUAUAUCUGUAUUGUAAACAGUGGAAAGGGCUUCAGAUGUACAUGUGUAUAAUAAAGUCCUGUGUCUAUUAUGUGUAAAAAGACAAAUAAAAUGUAGAAGUUUUUUUUUUUUUUUUUUUUUUUUACAAAA